AGCUGGUUACCGUUAUUUGCCUCGUAAAUUAAUUAGCGGUCAUUGUAGGAAAGCCGUGUGCGGAGUACCAGGGAAACGCCAGGGUACAGUGACCUUUGACACAAAAGUCGAAAUCAUGCUCAACACAGGGAAACUCGCUGGGCGUACCCUGUUCAUCACCGGUGCCAGCCGAGGCAUCGGUAAAGCCAUAGCGCUCAAGGCCGCUCGCGAUGGUGCCAACAUCGUCAUAGCUGCCAAGACGGCAACGGCUCAUCCGAAGCUACCCGGAACCAUCUACACUGCCGCUAAAGAGGUGGAGGAUGCCGGUGGUAAGUGCCUUCCCUGCAUCGUUGACAUUCAACAAGAAGAUCAGGUCAAGUCGGCCGUAGAGGAGGCCGUUAAAACCUUCGGUGGAAUCGACAUCCUCAUCAAUAACGCUAGCGCCAUCUCACUGACAGGAACGCUUCAGACGCCCAUGAAGAAAUAUGACUUGAUGAACAACAUCAACACAAGAGGGACAUACAUGGUAUCAAGAACAUGUAUACCUUACCUCAAGGAGGGCAAGAACCCCCACAUCCUGAACCUGAGUCCCCCACUGUCCAUGCAACCUAAAUGGUUUGGCGGUCAUGUCGCCUAUUCCAUAGCUAAGUAUGGCAUGUCUAUGUGUGUGCUGGGAAUGGCUGAAGAGUUUAAACCUGACGGAAUAGCGGUCAAUGCACUCUGGCCCAAAACAGCUAUCUGGACGGCAGCCAUGAGCAUGCUGGGAGGCGGCAGCGAGGAGAUGAGGAAACAGUGCCGAACCUCCGAGAUCCUGGCUGAUGCGGCCUACGUCAUGCUGACCAAAGACAGCAAGUCCUUCACGGGGAACUUCACCAUCGACGAAGACGUCUUGAAGGACGUGGGUGUGACCGACUUGGAUCAGUAUGCCUGCGAGCCUGGCCACGAACUCCUACCAGAUUUCUUCCUCCCCGAUGAGGACCCCAAGGACCUCAAGCAGCAGAUGGAGCAGGCCGGCAUCAAGCCAGCCUUCUCAGGUUCGGCACCACCAGCCCAGAGCCAAGUAGCCAAGGUGUUUGAGAGCAUUCAGGGUCUAUUGGGGGAGACGUACGUGGCCGGCACACAGGCCGUCUAUCAGUUUGAAUUGAAGGGUGACGAAGCUGGGCAGUGGUUCUUGGAUCUCAAGAACGGAGCCGGCAGCGCGGGAAGCGGCGCGCCACCCGAGGGGGCCGCCGACGUGACCAUGAAGAUGGACUCGGCCGACUUUGUCAAGAUGUUCCAGGGAGAAAUCAAGCCCACAGCCGCGUUCAUGUCGGGCAAGCUGAAGAUGGAAGGCGAUCUGAUGAAAGCCAUGAAGCUGGAGACGUUGAUGAAGAAGAUGCCGCAGUCCAAGUUGUAGGAGGAACGGGACCAGAUCUCUAAGAGCGACACGGGACAAUUUCUCUACAAGACUGAUUAUACAGGGCCUUGGUACGAUAUUGAAGAUGCCGGGCCUAAGACUGGGUUUUGUGCCCGUGUUUUGUUCUUCACGGGCGCCAAUUUCAUGGCGCUGAUUACUUGGCAUAGAAAUUAUGCUUACAUUAAGCACUGAUUCAUGGCAUGUGCCCACACUUGUGCACAUGGAGGUUUCUAUUAUUACGUCGCUGAUUUAACCAGCUCACGCCAGGAUUAUUUUGACAAGAACGGAACGUGGCGCGGGAUAUAUUUUCACUGGACUUCAAGCCAGGCGGGUUGAAGCCAGCACCCUCCGACAGCUCACUCAUAUUUCCGGCCUCGCUCGCUGCGAGCGGGUCGCUGACUCGCUCCCUGCGUGUUUAUGUCAUCUGUUCCGAAUACCGCAAAACUUGUGCGUGUAUUCACGGCCUCCAGCUUGAACUGGUUAAGCAACUUUUUCCCCCCGAGGUAAGCGUGCCUUUUGCUGUGCUCACUGCUUACGGUCUCCAUGAAAUAGACGGAGGCUCUGUUAGUAAGUACAAUGUAGAAAAUCUCGUGCUUAGCAGCGCCAUGAAAUUGGGCCCAGGUUGUAGUCAAACACUAAGCUUGUACAAAUAUUGGAAUCAGGGAAAAAUUGUGCAUCAUGAUGAACGAAAAAAAAUAGUCAUUCGAGUUUUGUUUUUGUUCCGUUGAGAUCAACAUCAUUCUUGCAAUACCGACCAAAAAAAUUAUAAAUGGAAUUAAACGAUUUAAGAUUAAAACAUUGAAUCUGAAGCAAGUAAUAAGCCCAUGGCAAACACAAGAGACAAUAAAGUUAAUAUGUCGGAAAUUAUAUGUAAUGUUUUCAUGAACAAUUUUAUUGUCAAAAAUCUCAUAUGGUUUUGACAAAAUGGAUAGUCAAUUCCUGUCAAUACAAACUUAGCCGGACCUAGUCAAAAUGUUGGUUAUAUCUAAACUUUGCAUUAAGAGGAGCAUCAGUCCCAUUCAUUGUGCACACUAAUGCACAGUCGGGGACCACCGUUUGUUGUUCACUAUAACCAGAACUUGUAUUUACAGAGUUUGUAUUAACGAGAGUGACGGUUUAUGUGGCAACUGAUUAUAUAUAUCCUACCAUCAACUUUACAAUAUAAGUUGUCAAUUUACAAAAAAAGUCUGUGUACUUCAGAAACAUUGUCUUGUUCCAAGCCGGAAUUUUUGUUGUUGUAUGUGUGGCACAAGAAAGGCAUUUGUAACGGCAAACAGAUGAAAUGACUUCUCAAUCUGUUAUCACAUGCUCCUAUAAAAGCGCAUGUGUAAACGAACCAUGACGUCAAUUUGUCUCAGGGCCGUUUUUGCAAGUUGCGUAUGUUAGGAGCUUCGUGAUUCACAUAAUUUACACAAAAUGGUUUUCAUUAAAAAUAACACGAUCUCUAAAGUUUGACCUCAUCAAACUUUGUAGCAUUCUUCUUUUGUAGCAAUUUUUGUAGUGUGUAAAUUUUUAUUUGAAUUAAAAAAAAAAAUUCAACGUAUUCUGCACCUAAAAGCCGAAUGUUAACACAAAACAUUUCAAUGCAAAAAAUGUGGAAGACCAAUAAAAUAAAAGUUUUCCUGAAAUAUUUAGGGAAUAA